GACCGAAAAAUUUUUUGGGUUCAUAAGACCAACCCGGCCAUAGCCGGCCGAGAGCACCCAUUGUUAUUUAAAUGUAAAUUUGAACCCAAAUCUCGUUGCUACAUUCGUUAAAACCCGUGAUUUCACUUUGUUAUCAGCUGUUAUUGUAUCCGACAUUGUUUGGCGUGAUAUUUGAACUCACUGAAUUUUAGAAGAUUUUUCCGGCGUUAAUUUUUUUCAACUUUGAAAAUGGAGAGGAGUUUCAUGCCAUCAAGCUGUGAUUCUGAAUUUGAAAGCUUUUCAACAGAGGAUAUGGAGAUAUCGAGUGAAAUAUUGAAUGAGGUGCAAGAGCACGUGGUGGACGAAAAUGAAUCGGAUAUUUCUGAAUAUGAAACAGAAAGCGAUUCUGAAGAAACUGAAGGCAGUGACGUAGACAGCGAGGAUGAUUUUACACCAGAAUGGAGUAAAGAGUUAAAAGAAGUUUUUAUUAACAAUUUUUCUGAGGAGACAGGGUCUACCCAUAGUCUUUCCCAGGAAGCGAAACCAUUAGACUUUUUCUAUUUAUUUUUUCCAGAAUGCUUGUUUGAAGCAAUCACUGCGGAAACAAAUCGUUACGCAGAAUGUAAACAAGCUGGAAAAAAAGAUAGCUUGUGGUUUCCUACAACCAUGGAUGAAAUACGGGCGUUUUUUGCAAUAAAUAUAAUAAUUGGUAUAAGACAGUUACCCAGGAUUUCAAAUUACUGGAGCGAUCUGGAACUUUUACGUGAUGAGUAUGUGUCCAGUAUUAUGACUGAAAUACGAUUUGUGAAACUGAACAAAUAUUUACAUGUGAGAGACACGAGCAGUACCCCAGUACGUGGAGAACUUUGAGACAAAAAUUAUGCAAUAGAAUUGAUUAAAGAACCCUCUCUUCAAUCAUUGCGAUUGCGAGUCCGCUGCCCUAACCACUGGGCCAUUGCGCCUCUACAAGUAUAAAUAUAUACAGUUCUAUAUCUAAUAGAUGAGGAAUUAUGUUCAUUAUUUACAUUUGAUGGAAAUUUGUCCACAUCUCAUUUGUUAACAACGUUUCAGGUGUCUUGGAGAAAACAAGACGACAAAUACCCGUCAAAUGUAAAUAAAUAUAUAGAUAUUUAUAAUAAUAGGUCCAACUCAUAGGAUACAAUCGUUUCAGUUGGUUCCUUUACACAUCAAUAAUUAUUUCAGUUGUAUAAUACUUCUACGGAGUGGCUGUGUGGGUAGCUUGCUAACCAACCACAUGGUUCCGGGUUCAGUCCCACUGCGUGGCAUCUUGGGCAAGUGUCUUCUGCUAUAGCCCCGGGACGACCAAUGCCUUGUGAGUGGA